UUGAAUGCUUGAAAGAAAACAUAUCUAAAAUAAAAAAAAAAAAGUAGAAAAAUGUUCUUAAUUAUUUGUACACUCGUGAUCGUAUUGCUUGCGCUGCUCUACAAAUGGUCCGUGGCCAAUUACCAGAUCUUUGAGCAGCGGGGUGUGCCCUAUGCGAAGCCCACCCCGCUGCUGGGCAACAUUGGCCUGAAGGAACUGUUUGGUGCUGCGCCCCACUUCAGCAGGCAAAUCCAAGAGCAUCGGCAAUUUCGAGACGCGAAAGUUUAUGGCUUUUUCUUUCUGCGUGAUCCGAUAUUUGUGGUGCGCGAUCUGGAGCUGAUCAAGACUGUGGGCAUCAAGGAGUUUGAUCAUUUCCCGAAUCAUGUUGGCACCGAGCAAAUUAAGACGCUGCUGUCCAAGAGUCUGCUGAGGCUAAAGGAUCGCGAAUGGCGGGAAAUGCGUAAUAUAUUAUCGCCCACCUUUACCGGCAUCAAAAUGCGUGCCAUGUACGAGCUGAUCAAUGUCUGCAGUGAGGUGGGCGUGGCAUAUAUUGAACAACAGCUAAAAGAGGCGCCGGGCGAUGGCAUCGAGCUGGAAAUGAAGGAUUAUUUUACGCGUUUCACCAACGAUGUCAUCGCCUCGACUGCGUUUGGCAUCAAGGUCAACUCGUUUGAGGAGAAGGACAACAAAUUCUUUCAAAUUGGUCAGACUGUGACCCAGGUCAAGCCUGUGGUCAUGCUCAAGGCGAUACUUUACAUUUUUAUACCCAGAUUAAUGAAGGCUUUGCGAGUCAGCAUUCUGGAUGAAACGACUGUCAAUUAUUUUAGAUCCCUGGUUUUUGAUGCCAUCAAAUAUCGUGUGGAGCACAAGAUAAUACGACCCGAUAUGAUUCAUCUGCUGAUGGAGGCGCAACGCAAGGCUGACGAUGCCGAGUCGGGCAAGAAGUUCUCGGAUGACGAUCUGCUGGCCCAGUGCCUGCUCUUCUUUGCCGCGGGCUUCGAGACGGUUUCCACCUGCCUCUGCUUUUGCACCUAUGAAUUGUGCAUGAAUCCGGCGGUGCAAGAGCAGCUCUACGACGAAAUUCAGAGUGUGGAGCAGCAAUUGCAGGGUAAACCCCUCGACUAUGACACACUUAUGCACAUGAAGUACAUGGACAUGGUCGUAUCGGAAGUAUUACGCAAAUGGCCGCCGGCAUCGAGAACCGAUCGCGGCUGCAAUGCAGAUAUCGAUUUACGGGAUGAAAACAAUCAAAUUGUGGUCUCUCUAAAGCAGGGCGAUCGCAUAUUUAUACCCAUUAUGGGCUUACAUUAUGAUCCCGAACAUUUCGCAGAGCCCGAAGAGUUCAGGCCCGAACGUUUUUCGGACGAAAACAAACAUGAAAUUCAGCAAUUCUCGUAUCUGCCCUUCGGCGUGGGACCACGUAAUUGCAUUGGAAAUCGUAUGGCCCUCAUGGAGGUCAAGUCUAUGAUAUAUCAUUUGCUGUCCAAGUUCGAGCUGCUGCCAGCACAGAAAACUACCAAGGACAUGAUGGGCGACAUCUUGGGCUUCCAGAUGGUGCCCAAGCAAAAGUUCUGGAUUAAGUAUGUGGCCAGAAAAACUGAUAAGAACAGCCCCUAAGCUCUGCGCAGCAGGUGCAACAAAUAAGUGUGACAGAUUUGUUUUCAAUGGAGCCUCAUUGAAAUUUCUCUGCUCUUGCCUUGGCUGCGGGGCAGGCUCUAGCUGCCACACACUUUUGGCUAAUUAAUCAUUUUGCAUUCUAAUUAAAAGUUUAUUCUAUGUGCAGACUUCGCAGUUGAGUCUCUCAUUAAUCAAGCUAAAGACACACAGGAAAUUGCAUUAUUCGGCUGCAUUUAAUUAAUUAUUUUUGUAU